AAAAACCAACAACAACAACAACAACACAAUGUCACGUACAGACGAAGCUAAAGCAAAGGUUUCCAACAUGACAGAUGAAAUGGAAUCGAAAGUCAAGCAAGGUGCGACAGCUGCCUCUAAUAAAGUAGAUGAAUUGUUGGAAAAUGAAAAUGUGGACAGAGCUGCAAGACGUACAGAAGAGGAAGCCCACAAGCUGAAGGACGACGUGCGCGAAUUGAAGCGAAAAGCGGGACCAAAGAUCCAAGAGGCCGAGAACUUUUUGACGUCUCCUGCUGCCAUUAACUUUUACAAAGGCCUUAUUACUGGUGUAGCUCUUGUGUUUGCUUAUAAUCGUUAUACAGAGAGCAGAUAUCGAUUUUAAAUUGCUUGUGUACUCUUAUUACCAUGCUUUAUUAUCUACUAUGCAUUUUAUCACUAGAUAGUUGUCAAAGUGAUCUCUUGUAUUAAAUUCUCGAAAAACGGAUUAAAAUGAUUUU